AUGAUUUCUUUCUUUCUUUCUUUCCCAUAUGAUUUCUUUCUUUCUUUCUUUCUUUCCCGUAUGAUUUCUUUCUUUCUUUCUUUCUUUCUUUUCCAACCAAUUCCGCAGACCACGUCCCUUGGAGAUGUGUCUGAUUGUUUUUCAAGUAUUUCUUUUUUUCUUUCUCAUUCCUCCUCUUUCUUUUUACGUUUUCUACUCUUUUCCUAUCUCCCCCCUCCCCUCUCCCUUGACUACUUUCUAUCUGUAUCUAUCUUCCUCUUCUUCCUUUCUUGUAUGUGUCUAAUUUUUCUGCUCUCCCUUUUUUCUUCCUCAAAUAUUAAUAUUUUUUUUUCUAAAUGCUUCCACUUUUUCUCCUUGUCAUUUUUUUUUUCUGCCACUCUCCUUUUUUACACUCAUCUCUCUUACUGGCAAUUUCUGUCAUUUUACGUUUUUCUUUCUUCGACUUGCUUCUAUUUUUUUCCACGAGUCAAUCAUCAUUUCUCUUCUUAA